UCGACCAUCAGCUGCCCAUGGCGUCCCAUGGCUUCCCACCCACACCAUCGCCGACGGGCUUUGUUGAGGCUAAAAGAAUGUGUAUCCUGGCUCGGGCUGUUGCUAUCAGCUCUGUCAUGUCUCCUGCCCUGCUGCCUCGCUCCGAACUUGCUUGAGUUGCGCUCGGAGAUUCGGACUGUAUCAACUAACACAAGCAGAAAUAACGGCCAGACCACGGACUCGCACGCUCUCCGGGUGAGCGCGCGUCUUCCUCCCUCUGAACAACCCAAAGCCGCCGCAAUCUACCAACGAUGCGCAUCGAGCGCCCAUGAAGGCCCCCUAACGUUCGCGGACAAUGGUAGGCUACGAUCGUGCCGAACGCAGAGAGCUGGAGCCACCGGAGGACCCGUCAAGUUCCAGCUCAGGUGGUAGCGAGAGCACUACCGAAUAUGAGAAACAGAAGGACUGGGACUCUCUUGAAAAGACCGACACCAUAAGAACGCUACCGGACAACGAGGCCAGACACGGCAAAAACAAGUUGGAACCUCAACCAAGUUGGCAGGCACACCAUCAUGGCCUCCUCAAGUUUCGGUCUGUCGAGGAUGACCUGCCCACCAACUGGUGGUUUGCUUCGACCGCCAUCCCGCUCAUUGCGGCCACGUUUGCCCCUAUGGCCAAUCUGAUAUCCAUCACCGCGCUGGUCGUUCCGUGGAGGAAUCAACUCACCCAAAGCAAGACCGAGUUUCCUCUGACCUAUCAAGCCACUUCCGUGGGCUACUCCGACCCUCGAUGGUGUGUCGACCUCAACAUUGCCUCUCUCGUCUGUGGGUUUGUAGGCAAUCUUUUCCUUCUCUUCAAUUUCACCCGGCGCGUCCGCUAUAUUGUCGCUUUGCCCGCGACGAUUGUGCUGUUCUACAUCGCCUCGGGUAUAUUGAUCGGCCUAACCGUCUCGAUGAACCUUCAUGUUCCGCCUGGCCAGGACGCAGUUUAUUCCCAAGGCUACUGGAACGCCGUCAUUGCCGCCUGUCUCUACAUGUUCAACUCGAUGAUCCUGAUGGUGAACAUGUGCGGCUACUUCCUGGGCCAUUACCCUCAACACUUUACCUUGACUGACGAGCAGCGCAAUUUGAUUCUCCAGACAAUGAUGUUCUUCAUAUGGCUCGGUGGGGGUGGGGGUGUCUACUCGAGAAUCGAAGGUUGGACGUACCCCGAUGCCGUGUAUUUCUGCGACGUCACCAUCCUGACCGUCGGUUUUGGAGACUUUUAUCCCACCAACGACCUUGCUCGCGGUCUCGUGUUUCCUUACUCGGUAGGCGGAAUUAUCAUCCUGGGUCUGAUGGUCAGCUCCAUCCACAAGUUUGCUGGUGAGCUCAGUACAAUCAACGUUCUCCGUAAACAUGUCGAGCACAAAAGGGUCCACACCCUGUCGCGGGUAGUGACGGUGGACGAUGCCGACAACGAAGACAAGAGGCGGGAUGAACUAGAGAAGGAGGUGGAAAUCGAGGAAAGAAGCGGUCGACGGCCUAGGAUCUCAUCUCCACUCCCAAAUCCGCGGAUCCAGCAUGACUUGGAUGAAGCAACGGCGCGUCUCCAGGGGACCCCGAUUCGAGAUCCCGUGCAGGAUCGCCAAAUCGAGUUUGGAAACACCAACGCCCAAGAGCUAAAGAAGACCGAGGAGCAUGAGCCACACCCCAAUCAGUUUCUGGGCUCGGCAUUUCGCAAAGGUCCCAUCCGUAAUACCCUCCGGUUGAUCACAAAGCCCCUGAGAAGGACCUUAUCGAGAUCACAGAAGAAGGCUAUCUUGAUGAGAGAGGAGAAGGACAAAUUCGACGCCAUGCGGGACAUCCAGCUCAACGCCAAGAAGUUCAAAAAGUGGUACGCGCUAUGCUUGUCGGUGUUGGCGUUUGGGAUUUUGUGGUGCAUUGGAGCGGUGGUGUUUUGGAAAGCUGAGCACGACACCCAAGAUCUCAGCUAUUUCGAGGCACUGUACUUCUGUUAUGUCAGCUUGCUGACCAUUGGCUAUGGUGAUUUGAGCCCCAAGAGCAAUGCUGGCAAGCCUUUCUUUGUGGUUUGGUCGUUGAUUGCUGUACCGACCAUGACAAUCCUCGUUUCGGACAUGGGUGACACCGUCAUCUCCGGUUUCAAACAGGGGACGUUCAAACUCGGCGACCUGACCGUCCUUCCGAAGGCAGGUCUUUGGCGCGACAUCGUCAUGCAGCAUCCUUGGCUCUGGAAUUGGAUGAACAAAAGGGCUGAGAAGAAGCGUCUCAAGGCCGGCAUGCCUUUCGGACCGACCACCGACCAAGCUCCCCCUGACCUGAGCAUUGAACAACUGGCCGCGGAGGAACCGACAGAGGCGGAAUUGACGCAGCGUCUGGCUUGGGCCAUUCGCAAGACCGCCGACGAUCUCCAGCAUGCGCCGGGAAAACGCUAUACCUAUGAGGAAUGGUGUGACUUCAGCCGCUUGAUCCGGUUCACAAAGGUGGGCCUUGAUCAAAUGGAAUACGAUGAGGAAAUGGACGGGGUGGUUGAAUGGGACUGGCUCGAGGAGAGCAGCCCAAUGCUGAGUCAGCAAACCGAGUCCGAGUGGAUUCUGGACCGGCUUUGCGAGAGCCUACUCCGGUUGCUGAAGAAGAACAUGAUUGCGAAUGGCAUCAACCCCAAUUCAGCUUUUCCUCGAUCGAGCAAUACAGAUCUCAGCGCCUUCAACUUCAACCGUAGCGGUACCAUAUACGAAGACCCCUCAGCGGGGCGCAAACCUGACUCGUCUGCGAAGGGCAAGGGCAUUGAAGAGCCUCGCACCCCGACAAAGUCUGAGGAACGUCAACGGAGAGCAUCAGGUGCUGAUGCAGUGCUGACAUUUUUCACCGGUGACAGAAGGGGAACUCAUGCAUAUGCCACCGAAGCGCCUCAAUGGAGCAAAAAGGCGCAAGAACGCAUGAAGGAACGUCGCCGUGGUAGUGCACCCAAGCGAAGGGGACCAUUCAGCAAACUUGAGCACCGUGGCAAGACAGGGGCCAUCGGCGGCGGAAGAGGUGGAGCAGGAAUUCGUACGCUGAAGAUGCGACACUUUACCAGAGACAGGGAAGAGAAGGGAUGAUAAGCUGACAUGAAAUGGUUGAAGAUUUCACUUGGAUACAAACCGUUACACAUCUGUGACUUUACCACUGUACUAUUCUACGAAGCGGGAUAUGGACUGUCAAAUUUAGGGGUCUAGGGAAGGGAAUUUUGGACAGACAGGACAUCGAGCGCAAGCCAAAGGGAAAGGGAGUACGGAAUCUGGUUUCCACAAUCCUAGGAUUUUUGUUGCGCAGCCCCUUGAUUCCUGCAGGAGAUUAAGUCUCUUCUGGUUUCCAGCUGAGCAACCACUGGCGAAGCGAUUGGACUCGUCAUCAAGCCACUGUCAACGCCUGCGGUACUACGAAUACAGCGCCGAACCGGAGAGGGGACGCUACGACCAACCGGUGCUGGACAGCAGAUUCAAGAUGCCCCGGUCGCCGUUACGUCUCUUUGGGCAUGAAGUAACCAACCGUCAGCAUCAGGUCAGGACGCUCUUUAAGAUGUGGUAUGCUGGCAGGAUGCAUCUAAGAAUUUGGACUUGACCACACUGUCCUCUCCAUGUCACUGCUGACAUACAUGGACGAGCCGUCGAGCCAGCCACAGAUGGUCAAUCCAACGAGAUGCAUGUGUCCCUUGAGCGAGCGACUACUCGGAAAGGUGAUCCAUGAUCAAGGUUCGCUCGUCGCAAUUGCCGAGUCGUUUGUCGCUGGCCCCCCUUUGGAACCGCUCUUGCCCCCGACCCAGGAGGUGGUCUCCUAGUUGGACGAUCUUACCACCCUCUGGGCCACGGUGGACGGUGAGAUGCAACCCUGCGUCUCUGUGGCUCUCGGGCCCUUAUCUCUCAACACACCGACCACGACGGACUUGAGCAACGGGGAGACACCAACCGGGCGUGAGUCGUGCGGAAUCCGGUUUCCGGAAUGACUUGGUGGGCCGGGUGGUUGGUUGGUGAGAUUUCCGGAAUUGAGGGUGGUGACAAUGAUAAACGAGGAGGAGGGGGCGCUCCAUCUUUGUUUUUGUUCUUCUGAGCACUCACAGCUUGUCGUGCAUGCAUAUGCAUCGGCCCUUGUGACAAAGACGCACGGAGUCCCAGACAGGCUGGACUCAACUCGCCCCGGAGUUCCAGGUGUGGCUGAUCAAAGACAAGCGACGGGAUCGUCAUUAUUCGAGCCAUCUAUUGUGAUUUUGUCAUAGGUAGUCCGUACCUCGUGCAGAGUCACAGAGUAUGGAAUCUAGCUGAAGAUGGUUGGGAUGUCGGUGCCGAUCCGCCCUUCUUGCUUUCGCGCACCAAUCCUCGAUUCAGUACAUACAAUACACACCUCAGGUACCUCCCUACCCGGAUAGAUACCUAGGUAGAUAGAUACCUUAGUAGUGCAAGCGAGACAAUGCUCACGGUGAGCUGGAAAAGG